GAUGGUGGUGGAGCUGGUAGUGGCCACACAGUCAUACUUGUACAAAGAGUACAGCAUGGGGCUCAGAACACAACCCUGGGGGGCUCCAGUGCUGAGAGUGAUGGAGGCUGAGACAUGUCCAUGGUCUUGUCCAUAACAUGCUGUAAUAUUUAUGCCUUACCUCAAAGGUGUUAAAAAACUGAAGGACUGGUACCUGUCUCUGAUGAAUCCUUUAUGCGCCUCCAUGCCAGAAGAUGGCCACAUCAAAGCUGCAAUUGACAAGCGACACAAUUUUGAAGAACCUGAGUGGAUGGUGAAUCUUCAGCUGCUGCUUAAAUCAGAGGAAAAUCUUUCUAAUUUUUGUAUUAAGCAAGAAAAGCACACUGAGACACCUCCUUCUCUGGAUGUGCCUGCUGCUCCUGAAGAUGACUACCACAGUAGAGUCCAAGAGCACUGGGCUUUUUCAAUUAUAACCAAGGAGGUUACUGCACGGUACACUAUAGGAGCGCUACUGGGCCAAGGAGGUUGCGGUGCUGUGUAUGCAGGAGUUCGCAAAGCAGAUAACAAAGAAGUUGCUGUUAAAUUUUGUGCAAAUGAUGCAUUCGGUGAAAUGAUGACCAUACCUGAAGAUUCAAGAGUUGUCCCCAUAGAAGUGGGAUUAAUGGAGUUGGUGUCCAAGCCAGUUCGCAGUCCAUAUGUGCUAGAACUGCUGGAAUGGCUUGAGAUUCCAAAUUACAACGUCUUGAUCCUGGAGCGACCCAGUCCCUGCAUGAACCUUGUACAAUUCUGUGAACUUCACAAGGGUAAACUGCCUGAACCCGUUGCUCGAGACAUCAUACUGCAGGUGAUUAAGGCUGCUCGUCAUAGCUGUGACUGUGGUGUUUUUCAUAAUGACAUCAAGCCUGGGAAUAUCCUCAUCAACACGAAGACACUGCAGAUUAAGCUGAUAGACUUUGGGUCUGGUGAAUUGCUUAAGGACACCCCGUACAAGUAUUGUCCAGGCACUCCAGACUACAACCCUCCUGAGUGGUACCUUUGUAGAGAGUAUAUGGCCCGUUCAAAAACCAUCUGGUCUCUGGGUGUAAUGCUGUAUGAAAUAGUCUGUGGAGAAGUGCCCUUUAAGUCAUCAGAGGAAAUCAUUGUAGGUCUCUUGCACUUCCCUGCGGGUGUGUCUGAAGAUUGCUGCAAGCUGAUAUCGUGGUGCCUGGAGCAAAACCCUAAAUCUCGACCAAAUUUUAGGCAAAUCCUUGGGCACAGGUGGAUUAUGGCAGAAAAAAGCUAUAUCCAGGUAAGACGGCAAGAAGACAAGUGA